AUGAUGGAAAAUCCUACGAUCGAUCGGUCGUCGCAAAAUGAGAUCGAAUUUGGGAUUGAGCAUAGAUGCAACAGAGACUUUGCGGUGGGCAGUAUCAUACUCCGGACGCGGCGUGAGGUCCAAAGUCUCCGCCUCUCCAACGCGGAUGCGUUCGGCAAAUUCGGCGUCGUGCUGGACUUUAAGCGGCUGGAGACCCACGACUCUUGUGGUGUUUCCCGUUGGAGUCGGUCUAGGCGGCUGGAGAUAUACCUCUGCUAUUUGAGAAUCGCUACCGGUUCCCCGUAUAAUCUCCUAGACAAAAUAUCCAGUAUCCAAAUGCGGAGAGAACUCUAA